UUAAAACUUAUUUAAGUUCAGAUAGCAUUGAAACUGAUGAUCAUAAUGAAAUUUAUAAUUUUCCAGUUGAGUUUUUAAAUACUUUGACUCCAUCAGGUAUGCCUGUUCAUUGCCUAAAGUUGAAAAUUGGUGCUGUUAUAAUGCUACUUAGAAAUUUAGAUCUCAAAGGUGGACUUUGUAAUGGAACACGUUUGAUGGUGCGUGCACUACACAACAAUUACAUUGAUGGUGAGGUUCUAACAGGUGUAUCAGCUGGUAACAGGGUAUUUGUUCCUCGAGUUCAAUUAGCUCCAUCAGAUUCAAAUUUACCUUUUACACUUAAACGUCGUCAAUUUCCAGUUAGGUUAGCAUACUCAAUGACCAUAAAUAAAAGUCAAGGUCAAACAUUUGAUAAAGUUGGUGUUUAUCUCAAAAAGCCUUGCUUUUCACACGGCCAAUUAUAUGUUGCAUGUUCAAGAACAAAAUCUUUUAAUAGUUUGUUUUUUAAAGUUGAUAAACAUGCAUUACAAGGUAUGUCAUUUAACAAAUAUUACACAAAUAAUGUUGUGUUUACAAAUGUUCUUAAUUUAUAAUUUUGACAAGUUUGU